AUGGCGGCUGCUAAGAUGAAGGAAGACGACCUCGAAGCCAUAUAUGGUCCUCCACUGAGCAGCGACGAGGAGAAUGGCUCUUCUGCUGAGAUCGAAACAGCGGUCAAGCGCACCAAGCCUCUGACGCGCACUUCCCCGAAGCGUCCAGCUCAUACCGCAGCUAGUUCAAGGAGCAAACGCAGAAAGUUGAAAGACGAACCGUCUCUCGAAGCCAUCGAUCUGUCCGGGCAGUCUGGCAUGCAAGAACCAUACUUUCUGUCCUCGGGCUCUCAGAAGCAGAGUUCGCAGAAGAGAAAGCUACAGCAGACGUACGCUCAUCGCAAGACGUUUGAACGGUUGGAUGAUUUGGACGUGAUGCUCAACCAACCGAACGGGAAGCAAGACUUUGUCUUACAUGAAGUAGUAGAGAAGCGCAGCAAUGGUGCAGGAAGUAAACGGGAGUUCCUUCGGGCCGCACCAUUACCAGGCAAGCACCCGACGAGGGCCACCAGAGCGUCUAGAAAGAUGUUAGAUAUCGCGGAUCUCCCGUCAGCGAUCUCCGAGCGAAAGGAUUCAGACUUUCAAAUGCCCGAGUUGCCCGGCAUCACGUCUUCAGCCACAACGUCGGCGACAGACAUUACCUCGAUCUUUGAAGAACCAAUUGUGCCUAUUAGCUCUCGGCGCAGAUCGGGCUCGACGUCGUCUCUAUCGUCUGCGAACUCAAUGUUCAUUUUGGAGAAUGAAGCCGAUCUGAUGGAACAGUUUGAACCGCUUGAAGUAGGCGUAUGUUGCCCAAUCUGCCAGCAGCCUGUCCGCGAUUCCGAAUCGGUUUUUGUACCCGACAAUUUGCGUUCGUUGAGUUUCAAACAACAGCAGGCUUUUUGUACCAAGCACCAAGUGGCCGAUGCUAAGCAGGUGUAUCAGGAACGAGGAUAUCCCGACAUUGACUGGGAAGACCUCGAAAAGUCUCGGAUACCCAAGCAGAUGUAUCUGCUGAAAAAGUUGAUCAAUCGGCAAACUACGAGUGUAUACCUGGAUAAGCUGGACGAAAAGAUCAAGGCUGCCAAAGGAAAUGGAAAGGCAAUCCGGCAGUAUCUGGCUAAUGGGGUUGUCGAUGUUGCUCAGCCAGGCUACUAUGGUCCCAAAGGGACGAGGAUCAUGGUUACGUUAAUUACGGAUUCCUUGACGGACACACUCAAGGCAGCCCUCCAGUCUGACUCUGUACUUCGAGCUGCGGGCGUGGGUGGUUAUGUUAGUGCCGUGCUGGUACCGGAAUUGACUCUUCAGCUUGUCAUGGCUGACUUGAAUUUAUCUGAUGCUGCCGAGGGACGAAGAGUGUUGAAUGAGAGUACGAAGAUUGGAGUUUUGUUGAACCCAGAUGAUGAUCAUAUUGAGAGAGACGAUGACGACGACGACGACGACGACGACGACGACGACGAUGAUUGA